AUGGCCGCAGAAGAUCCCAGUCCACCCAACUGCGUGCCCAAAAUCGAGGUAAAUACCGACGUCGAUCGGCUGGCAAUGCGCCCCCCUAACCCCUUCCAUCCUGGGGAUGAUUUCUUCAUCUGGGAGUGCCGGACUCGGAAAGAACUUAAACGAUUGUUCGAUCGUCAACAGCCCCCGGCGUUGGCGCUG